AUGCAAAAUCAAAAUUAUCUUAUAGAAUUUAAUAAAAUGUUACAAAUAAAUGAAAAUACGCAUAAUGAACAACCAAUUAUGUUAACAUUUGAUAAAUCAAUAAUAAAAAUAAAUACAAAUGAAUCAUUAUCUGAUGAACAAGCAUUUAUAUUAAUAAAUAAUUGUAUAGAUUUAAUUCGUACGUUAGUUGAUUCUGAUACAAUUCAUGCAUUGUUACGUCUUAUAUUACGUUUAACACGUAAUUAUAAAUAUGUUCAGCAAUUUGUAGAAAAAGGUGGAAUAAAAGCAAUUUUAAAUUUAACAGAAAUAUCAGCAUUUCAAGGUUAUACAUCAUUAAUUAUAUUAAUAUUUCGUCAUAUUAUGGAAGAUAAGAAGAAUUUAUGUUUAACUAUGGAAAAAUCAAUACGUCAAGCAUUAAUAGAUAAUCAUAGUGUACAAUAUGAUUCACAUGAAUUUAAUUUAAUUUUACGUAAACUUAGUCCAGUUAUAACACGUUCAUCAGAUAUAUUUUUAGAAGUUGUAUCGAAUGUUUUACAAUUAUUACCAACAUCAUUUAUGACGGAAAAUGAAUAUUAUACACAAACAAAUAUUCAAAUGAAUUCAUUAAUUUUACACGUACGACCAGAAACAAAUCAAAUAACUAAUUAUGAUCAAAUUGGAGAAUUAGCUGAACAUUUAUUAGAUGAUUUGCUUAACUUUCUUUUAAUAAAUGAUGAUAAUAAUAAAAAACGUUUAUUAACAAAAUCAACUAUCUUAUAUAUAUUAUCUGAAUUAAUAAAUUCAUAUUCAAAUAUGGAUAAAUUUCUAUCAACAAAAACAUUUCUGUUAGAAAAUAAUCAAACAUGUUCAUUAUUAUCAUAUAUAUUUGAUUAUUUAUUAUUAAAUAUAAAUAAUCAAUAUGAUAGAAAUAUAACAAAAUUUUCUGAAUUAUUUCUUAUUACACUAGCGAAAUCUAAUCAUUAUUUUGAAUCUCAAAAUAAUUUAAUUAAUCAAAUUAAAAUAUCAUUAAAUAAAAUAUUAAUUUUACCUGAAUCUAAUGAAAAAUAUAUUAAAAUUCAAACAUUAAUUAAUUUUUUGUAA